AUACUAAAGAUAGCGAAAUAAUUUUGUUUUUCUCAACAAUUUGUGCACAGUUUACAGAAAAAACUGAAGAUUUUUGUUGAAAACAUUUACUAAAUUUUAAUAAAAACCUAAAACUAAAUAUGUAGAACAUAAAAAUAACUACAACAACAAACAAAAUAGUUAUAAAACUGCUCAAUAAUAACCGAAAAAAAUGCAGUCAACAUUUGCUACUCCCUCAAUAGAGGAUUCCUUACCUAACUGUUGGAUCAACUGGUGUCGUUUGUGUGCCAAGGAGGAUCCAAAUCAUAAUAUAAACUUUUUAUAUGUAAAUGACCAUAAUGUAGAUAUGGAAAAUAAGGAAUUAAGUCUGCAGGAGGCAUUGGCCAAAUAUUUUUGGGUGCAGACUUCUCUGGAUGAUGUUUUACCCAAAAUGUUAUGUACAAAUUGUUUAUCUCUAGUCUCUUCCAUGAUUAACUUUAAUGAACGUGUAGAAAGGGUCCAACUUAUGUAUUUACAUUUGGCCGAAAGUCAAAGACAAGCCAAGGUUUUAGAUCUAAAUGCAAUACGUUUAAAAUUUGAUGUUACCGAAACGGAAAGAGAUAAUUGGUUUUUAAGGUAUUUUCCAAUACAUAAACCAGAAAAGACCACAAUAGAUAAAGCUCAGCUAACUACUGAAGAGGAAAAUUUUAAAGUACAAAUUAAACAGGAAAAUGGAGAAAAAUUCUUAGCCAUGGAUUAUGAUAACUAUAUGGAAGAAGAUACAGAUCUGGAAAAAGAGGAAAUAAUAUUUGAUGAGAUUACACCUGAAUCUUUAGAGGAAGAUGAUGAAGAAGAUCCUUUUCAAGCUAAUGAUAAAGAAACAACAUUUGGUCAAAAUGAUUCUUCAGAAGAAGACGAAAAAGAAGAACCUGCUACAGAAUUAUGCUCCCUUAGAAAUCAGGAACAAUCACCAAAUUCCUCACUAGAAAAAACUAAAAUGAAAAGAAAAAGAAAAAAACUAAAACAAUUUUCUGUGGGAGAUUACAAGAAAAACAAAACCAAUAUAAAAGACUUUAAAAUGGAAACCAAGUGUAAAGAAUGUGGUGAAAAUUUUACCAAAUAUAUGCUUUAUCGCGAUCACAUGCAACAACAACAUAAUCAUAGCCGUAGCAAUAAACAUUGGCCGUGUCCGGCUUGCGAUAAAGUUCUACUAAGUCUAUUCAAUCUGGAAAGACAUGUACGUAUACAUGUGCCAUUGGAAGUAAGAAAAAAUAUAAAAUGUCCUGAAUGUGAUAAUCGUUAUACAUCGAAUGCCCAGUUGGAAACUCAUAUUAGGUAUAAACAUAAAAAUGAGAAACCAUUUAUUUGUGAAGAAUGUGGUUUGAGUCUAAGGACCAAUUCCAAUUUGAGACAGCACAUGCUGAUACAUACCGAUGUGGCGCCGUUCGAGUGUGAAGUUUGUAAAAAGAAAUUCAAAAAUAAAACUAGAUUAAAGACUCACAUGGAUAUUCAUAGUCCCAACAAACAUGUAUGCAAUAUAUGUGGUUUACAACUGAAUUCUAAAGCCACCUUAAAUCGUCAUUUCCUAGUGCAUUCCGAUGAAAUGCAGCAUAAAUGUGAUUACUGUGGCAAAGCUUUUAAAAGAGCUAAAGCUUUGAAAAAUCAUUUGCUAUUACACACCGGCCUCAAGCCAUACUCCUGUGAUUUUUGUGAUCGUACAUUUGCCAAUGGUUCGAACUGUCGUAGUCAUAUGAAAAAACUCCAUCCAGAAGAAUUGGCGGUACUAGAAGCAUCAGGCAAUAAGACACAUACGAAAAAUAUACCAAAAUUGGAAACAUUAAAAGCAGUAACCAAGGCAGCCGACAAUCUAACACCAGUGGUUACCAAAUUUAGUGGUUGCUUUGCUUUUGGUAAAAAACCUAAAAAUCUUGCUGCACUUGAUGCCAAACAAACACAAAAAUCUUCCCAAAAACUAAAAAAACCUGCACUCAAACAACUUAAUAAUAACAAUAAUGGCGAACAAUUGGCCAUGGCCUCACCUUCUUCAACACCCUUAGAUUUACAAUGUAUACCGCUGGCCGGUAAUACUACAGCUUCUUCUAAUUGUCUCCCUGAUGCCAAAAAUCUUGAAAAUGACUUCAACACUACCUCUCCUUCAACAACAACAACUCCCAUACCAAAUUUUGAUAAUAUUUAUCAACAUUUAAUGAAACAAAAUCAAAUAGAACUACAAAUUAAACGCUCCCAAACACAACACUCACCCCAACCAUCUCUUAGUAAUGUUAGUACAUCACAACACAAUACAUUUUAUCAACAAACUUCUAAUGAUAUUAUUAAUCAAUCUAUAAAGCCAACACCAGCUAACAAUGAUUUGCUACACAGUCCAAAUAGUCAUCAUAGCUCAAUGACAUCUAACUUAACACAUGAGGAUCAUUCUAAUGCCUCAUCUAUACAGGCUAAUUUUUAUGGAUCAAUAAGAACAGCUCUACCACCGGGUAAUUUUAUGUAAGUUUUUGUUGUAUUAUUUUUAUUCGAAUAAAAUUAAAAAAAAUGUAUAUAUAUUAAACUUUUAUUUUAUUAUUUGAA